GAUGGCUCAUGCUGUUCCUGUUCCCAUUCCCUGUCCAGUCCAGCUUGGAAGUAUAAAAAAUGACUCUCUGGAAGCUCAACUGCAUGAAUAUGUCAGACAAGGAAACUAUGUGAAAGUGAAGAAACUUCUGAAAAAAGGUAUUCUUGUUGAUGCGGUAAAUUCCUUGGGCCAAACUUCUCUCUUCACUGCUGCGUUGCUAGGUCUUGGUAAAAUAGUGGAUGUGCUGUUGGAUUAUGGCUCAGACCCUAAUCAUCGCUGUUACGAUGGAAGCACCCCGGUCCAUGCAGCUGCAUUCUCAGGAAAUCAGUGGAUUCUUAGCAAGUUGUUGGAUGGAGGAGGUGAUCUGAGAGUACAUGACAAAGAUGGAAGAAAUCCACAAUACUGGGCAAUGUCAGCUGGAAAAGAAAGUAGUGCUCAGAUGUUAGAAUUUAUACAGCGUUGUACAUCACACAUGCAGGCCGCCAUUCAAAAUUUUCCCUGUGAUCUACUCAGGAAGGUUGACUCAUCGAAAGUACUGAUCUGUAGUCCAUCUAGGUUUGGUGGUCUUGUUCAAGGAAAUGUUGAGAGUCCUCUCAGUAGAUUUCUGAAAGGUGGAGCUAAUUCAGCCAGGAACAUUUACAGCUUUGGUUUUGGGAAGUUUUAUCUUACAGGCAGCAGGCAUCUCGGGUACUUGGCAUCUCUCCCUAUUAUUGGGGAAAAAGAAGUGGUUCAGGCAGAUGAUGAACCAACAUUUUCCUACCAUGUUGGACCAUACAUGAUCAUGACAAACUUAAUGUGGGGAGGCAGCCGAGUUACAGUGAAGGAACUCAGCUUUGAGCCCCAUCAGAACUGUAGUAAACUGCGCUUAGCUGAUCUUCUCAUUGCAGAGCAGGAAUAUAGCAGUAAACUUCGUCAUCCUCAUUUGCUGCAGUUGAUGUCCGUUUGUCUGUCUAGUGACUUGGAAAAAACGCGUUUAGUAUAUGAGAGGGUUAACUUUGGUUCUCUGUACAGCAUCCUCCAUGAAAGGCGUUCGGAGUUCCCUGUGCUGCGCAUGGAGACAAUUUUACAUCUACUGCUUCAAAUUAAUGACACUUUGCGUUUUUUACACUCCCGUGGGUUUAUCCACCGUUCAGUUACCUCCUAUGCUAUUCAGAUUGUUUCCUCUGGUGAGGCGAAGUUAUGCAACUUGGAAUACAUGAUAGAGAGCAGGGAUGGAGGAGAACACAGUGAUCUGACUCGUAUUCCUGUCCCAAUCCAGCUGUAUAAGUGGUGCUCUCCUGAAGUAAUCCUUGAAAAAGCUGUCACAGUCAAAUCGGAUAUUUAUAGCUUCUGUACAGUAAUGCAGGAGGCCUUGACAGAAACACUUCCCUGGGAUGGUCAUGAAGACUCAGUUAUUAAACAGCUCAUAAGUUCGGGACAGCAUUUAGAAGCAGAUGUCAGACUUCCGAAACCCUAUUACGAUAUUGUAAAGUCAGGGCUAGAAUCAAAGCAGAAGAACCGUUCCAUGAACCUUCAGGAUAUUCAGUACCUGAUGAAGAAUGAUUUAAAGGACUUGACUGAGUCUCAAACUGGUCAUGCCGAUGAAAUACCAAAAGCACAAAGGUCUGCUGUCUUGGCUGACAUAAACAUCUGUUUGGCAUCAGCUUUUAACUACCAUAAAGGAACACUGGGAUUGGAAGGAGAAGAGAUAACAGAGAUUGGCAGCCCUACUGCCCGAAGAUACUCUGGUUUUCCUGAGCAGUCUGAGGCUUUAGUGGAUGGUGAGACACCAAGCAGUCUACAGCCAGUUGCACAGGAAAAAAGCCAUGAUGUAGCUUCUGAACUCCAGGUGGCCUGCAGUGUCAGUGAUGUGGAUGAGAGCCUCUGUAGCUUUGAAAUGAAUGAAAUCUUUGCCAAUUACUCAGAAUUUCAUGAAGACUCUCUGGAAGAAGGCACUGUGUUAGGUCAUAAUCUGAAGGAUAAAAAUAGACAGCAAAAAGAAGAUAUGGCUACCCUCAGAGACCUAUGUGCAUCCCCUGGAAUGCACUAUGAGGAAAACCCAGUUUAUAAGGAAGGGAGCUUUUCAGAAUCAGGUACAGAGUACACUACAGAAGAGGAAGAGAGGAUAAGUGAGGCCCGUGAGCUGUGCAAGCGAUCACAAGUGAGAGGAGAUGCUGGGAAAAGAAUGAAUAGUCCAUCCCAAAUUGGACAGCACAUCAGCAAAUGUGUCCUUAAUCUAAAGAUUGCUCAGAGCAUGUUGCAGCAGGCAUCGGGAUCCCUGUGCAGAACAGAGCAGAAGCUAAACAAAUUAGAGACCACUGAAAAGCAAAAGAAGCUGCUCCAGGAAAUCCAUAUGAAUCAGACUUCUAGGCAGAUAUUUCUAGAAAGAUCCUGGAACAGAUCUGGUGAUAUUCCUCAAAAUACCAAUAGACCAUUUUCCGGAGUUAAUACCUUUUUAUGGAAGGCUAUAGGUCCACCAUCAAGUGGCUAUAUUCCACCACUGAUAACGUGUCAGGCACAAGGAUUUUUGGGUGGAGACCAUUUCCAAGCUAUUCCAAAGGCAGCUGAGGGAACGUGGGCAAUCCAGAAGGAGAAGGGGAAGUGCUUUCAUCAGAGGAGUAAGACUAAAAAUGAAGACAGACUUGGUUUCAGCACAGUGGGAGGCCUGGAUGAUCAAAUGGACAUAGAUCAUGAGCAAUUACUCCCACGCGCACCUUGGAGAUGCCAAAAAAAGUUCAACUUGCAGUGUCAGAAAGGGGGUGAUUCAUGUUCUGCAGCAAGUGGCAUUGAAGAAGAAAGGCGGUGCUGUCCCAAAUCAACACCUGAAACUCACAGUACCAAAGUAAGUGAGAAGACAAGGAUGAUGCAAUCAGAAUGGAGGACUGAAGUAAAACAGAUGGCCAGAAGAGUGGCUUCAGGACAACUAGAACUCAUCUCUCCGUAUCCACCCAGUGAAUAUACGUCUGAAAGUGAAGCCGAGAGUAUAAAGGAAGCCUUUCAGCAUGUCACUGUCAGAGUCCAAAGAAGUCAAGACUGGCAAAAAGAUAACAGGUGGAAGGCAGGUGACUGUGUUGAGGAUCUGGGCAGUGAGGGGAGGUCUGAAUCUGAGGAGAGUGAUCUGGAGUCUGCAUUCAAAAGUUUUGGAGGGAGAAGUUGGCAGUCACCAUCAGAAGAUGAGCAAGCAGAGUCUGGAGCAGCCCAUCAGAAAAAUUCAGUCAUUCCUCAACAAGUUGAGAAUCUCUCCAGAGGGCAUUCAAAGGAAUUACGUUGUUCCCCUGAUUCAUCUCCUGAUGUGUCUGAAGAAUUUUUGACUCCCGAUCCUGAUUAUUUCCUUCCUCCCACCAUUCAAGAAAACUCAGAACUAAAGACCUCAAAUCCUGAGGGCAAAUUAGAAGAUACUCAAGAAGUCUAUGUACAGAAACAGAUAUCUGGGGAUGCUGGAUCAGGAGGAAAAAUAUUGCUCUGCAGCACAGCAGCACAGAAUUCUGGCAGUAACACAUUAGGAGUGAAUCAACUUAGCCAUAUGCCUGUAGCCAGUGUUGAAGCAGCACACGAAGUGAUACCAAGGGAGCCGCAGAAGGAAUCCAGAGAGAAAGAGAUAUCCCUGACAGAUAUUCAGGAUUUGUCAAGUAUUUCCUGUGAGCAAGAGAGCUACUCUAAGGAUAUCAACUGUAAAACACCCAGAGCAAGUCAUGCACCAACGAGUGUCAGCACUCCACUCGGCUCAGAGGAAAAACUUCCAGUAGCCAUUGAGAAAUACAGACACUCUCAUGAAAUAGCUUUGGAUACUUCCUCGUGGGUUUCUCAAGAGAUUUCCUCUGCAGUGUCCAGGACAUUCACUACAGCAUAUGAAGAGGGAAACAGCACUGAAAUUUCCUCUGAUUCUUCAGGAGCUUGCUCCUCUGGAUUGAACAAGAGCAGGUUGUCGGUAAUUGCUUCAUCCUUGAGAAGCACCGGGAAGGAAUCUGCACUCUCACAGACAUCUAACCGCUUCAUUGAUGAGUUGCCUCCGCCAGCCCAAGAGCUGCUGGAUGAAAUUGAAUAUUUAAAGCAGCAAGAUUCCACCACUCAAGACUUCAGAGAGAAGGCAUUGUAUGACUGUGGCAUGCCAACAAAAGUUUUCAAUCAAAUUAAAAUAGAAGACAGAGAGGCAGAAAAGGAAACUGAGAGAAAUGAGAAGAGAGAUCAUAGCUUAUGGACUGAAGAGACAUUAAAUCUAGCAGAGGAAACAGAAAGGGCUCAUUCUACUCUUGAUGAUAUUUUAGAAAGAAUGCUUCAUACAAUUCCUGAAGAUGAGGAGAACCAAGAACAACCUCAAGCGCACACUUCUAGAACCAAAGAUCAGAGCCUAAUAACUCUGAAAGGUUCCACGCUAUGCCAGGCUGCAAACCUGAACGAUCCAGGAGAUGGUGGAAUGAAGAGUGGAGUAAAGGAGUGCAAAACAAAGGGAGAAAGCAGAGAGCCAGAAAGCUGUGCCAGGAGUCCUGAAGACCCACAUCAUGAGGAUCAGAAAUUCCGCUUGCGGCGUCAACUAUCUUGGCCUUCUCCGUUCAGGGUAAUUGUAUUGGAUCAGAGCAGCCCUCCUACGUGAUGAAAAUGGAUAGUGAAUAAAUUCUAAUACAUCACCUGCUCACUGCAACGUGUACAGUAUACAGUCUGAACUGCAACCCUUUUUGGCCACAGAAGCAAUUGUAAUCCUCAGGCUUUCUUUAACUGCAGCAGCAAAUACAGAAAAGAAUCUAAUGUUUUACUUGGUAAAGCAGUUCUUGUUUUUAUGCUAUCAUAGCAUAUCAAAGACAGUAUCCAUAAUACCGCAAAACUAAAUUGUUUUCUGAAUAUCACAUCCUUGCAAGCUUGCUAUGAUGUUUUCUUCCUGUGGGUGCACGCUUUCCUAAGCAAAAGAAUUUCUUGCUCUAUUGCAUUAUGCAGUCUUCAGUAUUACGGACAAAAUGAUUGUAAUUCUGUAGGCUGCUGUUACUGUUCAGGCUCUUGUUUAGUUUUACAGUGCUGGAGUGUGGAGUACUGUGUUACAGCCCACAUGGUGUAUGUUUUUCCUUGCUCAUUAAAUUUAACAAGGUAAUUUCUUGUUUUCUCUUUUCUAAGUGCUUUUGUAAUCUAAAGUUGAACUGAUUUGACUGAUUAAUGGGACUAAUUGCUGUGCAAAAAGUUAAUGAGAAAACACCACUGUUAUCCAGAGAUUGCAAAUGGAACAGUACAUUCGCUGCCAGUAUCAGGCAAAAAUAGGAGAAAACCUGGUUGGUAUCAUUAAGAUACCUGUCUGCUGCUUAAUCAAACCGCACUUUUGGUAGGCUUGACCUGAAGAGAUAACUCUGGAGAUAAUUGAGCUCUGGAUGAGGCUUUUUGAUGAGCACAGCGACUUCAUAUUUGAAUUCUUCUUGUGACUAAUACUGUUUCGGUGCAGGAAGUUUAAAGAUUGUCCUGAUGUACCUUUGUACCAAAUACUGGGGUUUUAGCUGCCUUCAUGCUGGUUUUGGGUAUACCGUGUGUUGUGCUCUCAUCAUUGUUCAUGUACAGAAAUUCUGCCUAUCUGUAACUAUUAAAUUAGUUCAUUUGGUUUAACAGUACCAAUAAAA